GCAGAGCCGGUGCACACGCUGAGCGAGGUCCUGUUCUGCCAGCCGGCCAUGCCCUCGCUGGGGCUGGCGCUGGCCUUCGACGGGGACCAACUCUUCUGGUUCGACUUCCCCCGCUCACGCUGGACUCCCCGCCUGCCUGACCUCCCCCCGUGGCCCUCGGCGCUGGAGCCCCCCGCGCAGCUCCUCCGCGACGCCACCCUCUGCCAGGACCUGCGCCGCGGCAUCAGCGCCAUGGCCACCGGGCUGCUGCCCGAGGCCAAGGGUGUCCCCUUGGCCGACGUCUUCCCCAUGCAGCCGGCGGUGCUGGGUGAGGCCACCACCCUGGUGUGUGUUGUGGAGAACGUCUUCCCGCCGGCGGUGGACAUCAGCUGGCAGCUGGACGGGGUCCCCGUCACCCGCGGCGUCACCCACACCCACUACACCCCCACCCCCGACCUGGCCUUCGUCCGCUUCUCCUACCUGCAGGUGACGCCGGCCGCCGGGGACGUCUACGCCUGCGUCAUCACCCACGAAGGGGACAACUCCUCCGUCGUCGCCUACUGGGUGCCCCAAAACCCGGUCCUCUCAGAGGAGCUGGAGACAGCGCUAUGCGGCGCCGCCAUGGUCCUGGGCAUCCUCCUGGGGCUGCUGGGUGUCACCAUGAUGGUGGUGGCGCGGCGGAGGGGUCACGAUCUGGUCUCAGUCCUGAUCCUGGUCCUGAUCCUGGUCCUGGCCCUGAUCCCAGAUCUGGUCCCAGUCCUGAUUCUGGUCCUGGUCCUGGUUCUUGUCCUGGUCCUGAUUCAUGUCCUAGUCAUGGUCCUGGAUCUGAUUCCAGCCCUGAUGCUGGUCCUGGCCCCAAUCCUUAUCUUGGUCCUGGUCCAGGUUCUGAUCCUGAUUCUGAUUCUGGUGUUAGUCCAAGAUCUGGUCCCAGUCCCAGUCCUGGUCCUGAUAUCAGUCCUGAUCCUGGUCCUAAUCCUGAUCCUGGUCCUGAUUCUGGUCUCAGAUCUGGUUCCAGAUCUGAUCCCAAUCCUGAAUUUAGUCCUCAUCUUGGAUCUGGUCCUACAUUUGGUCCCAGUCUUAAUCCUAAUCCUGAUCCUGAUCCUGGUUCUGGUUCUUGUCCUGGUCCUGGUUCACAUCCUGAUCCUGAUCCCAGAUCGGGUCCCAGUCCUAAUCCUGAUCCUGGACUCAGUCCUGAUCCUGGCCUUGAUCCUGAUCUCGAUCCUGGUUCUGGUCCCCCCAUGGCCACGAGUGCCCACGCUGUGA